AUGAAUAGGGGUCAUUCGAGCAGUCUGACUUCGGCACAAACGCCUGGGUCAACAAUGCCAGGGCAGAAUCGAGGGCGCAAUGGAUUCGGCGCCAACGGAGAAAAGGCGGUUCCCGUGCCUGGAUAUGCGAAUGAUUUGGACAGAAAGGGCAGUAUCGGAGGAUCCGGCGGUGCAACACUAUUCGAUAUGGCCAGGAGCCCACCAAAUGCCUCCAACAAGAGUAAGUCUGCUCGCAAGUACGGGGAGAACUGGUCCUCUAAGAAUUCCAAAGACACCAAGCAUGUCCCAUGCAAGUUCUUCCGGCAGGGUGCCUGUCAAGCGGGAAACGCUUGUCCAUUCUCACACUCUCUCGACCCAAUGAGCCACCAAGCGCCCUGUAAAUACUUUAUGAAGGGAAACUGCAAAUUCGGCGCCAAAUGUGCUUUGGCGCACUACCUUCCUGAUGGACGGCGCGUCAACCGAGCAGACUUGGAUGUUGGCUUAGCAAUGGCUAAUCGCAAUUAUACCUACUCGAACCGAGACCAAUCCCCCUUCCCAUCUCAGGACCCGGCAGACUCGAUCUUGAACCAGCAGCCUUACAACGCAGACUACUUCCCUAAUCAAGGGUUUCCGCUCAUGGAUAGUGAUGAGCCCGAUGCAUUCCAGGACCGAUACCACCAAUAUCAGACUGCUUCUGCCAUUGAUUCCGCUUUGAAUUCCCCUCCAACCUCACAGUUCGGCUCACCUCCCAAUGAUUACCAAUUCCCAAAGUCACCAGUCGAUAACCUCCGUACGGCCCUCAAUGCUCCCCUUCCACACUCAUUCGAUGCCAACGGCGUUUCGCAUAUCGCAAAAUAUGGACCUCUAGGACAAUCUGUACCUGACAAGUUUGGUUUACGGUCCCCCGCGUCGUCUUCUCUUUCUCGACAGCUUGGAAGUCCGCCUGACUCGAUUGUCAACGUACGAAACGCUAACCUUGGCGCAAAUCUUCGAAAUGCAUCGCCGCUUGGGCUGUCCCCCCAGAACACAGAAGAAUCAAUCAGCCAGCGGAUCAUGCACUCACAACGGCCAAUCAAGAUGAGAGGUUUAUCAGCCAGCAUGCCUCGCUCAAACCUGUAUCAUGAAUGGGAGGAAAAUCUUGGGACUGAGACCGACUUGCUGCCGAAUAGCCUGCAUGACGAAGUACUUACGCCGCAAGAAAAGGCGAGGCGGAUGUCACGGCCUGAGCAAGACCUCGGCGCGAAAGAUCACGUACGCGGUCUUGCAAUCCCAAGUGGCGCAUCUACCACCUCGGUCGGCUCACCACCAGCAGGGAGCCCCUCAAGGUUCAGUGCGUUGUGGGCCGAGCAGCGUGAAAAGAAGGCGGCAGAAAACACAGCCCCAAGUAUUGGCCAUGUCGGUUCACCUCUUCGUGGAUCGUGGAUGCCACAAGAAUCUUCGAGACCGAGUUUGCAAGUGUCUGGCAUAUCGCAAGCCAUGGCAAGAAUGCAAUUGAACCGCACCGAAUCUGGCGAAUCAAACGGUGGCAGAGGGAGCGCGCUAAGACAUUCGUCUGCACCUAUCGGCCGACUCGAUCACGGCAUAUCUAGCCCUGGCUUCAGCUCCAAGAAGAUUGACGAAGAAGUCGAAGGUGUCUUCUUCCCUAUGGAUGGAGACGACAGAGGUUCGGGCUGGAUCGGCCAAUCACCAAGAUUGGCACCAGUUCAGGAGAGGCCUGACGGGGGAUAUGCCUCGGGCAAAAGCAACAACAUGUGGGCCUUCCGGUCAUGA